UGAAGGUGAAGGACGCACACUUCUUUGCGUCUGGUCACGACGCAAACACAGUUGUCCACUGGAAGCAUGCGGAAAGCAGCGAUAGCGUCUGCAGCGGACUCCACCAGAGCAACGUGCUUCGACCCCUCACGUCGGCAGACAUGGAGCUCGCAGCGGCUGUGGUCCUGUUCCUCUGUGCCGGACACCUGACUGUACUCGGAACGUGCGCUGCCGGCGGGCUUCAGGCACGAGAGGACGUCGCGGAGGAACCCGAAGCCGGCAACGACGAUGAAGCUGGGCAGGCCUUGUUCCUGACACCUCUAAUCAAGGACGGAAAACUAGACGAAGCCAAGUCGAAGAGCAAAGUCGGCCCCCUCGGCGCCGAUUACGAAGUGCCUGGCUACUCAGGUUACAUCACCGUCAACCCGCAGUAUAACAGCAACCUGUUCUUCUGGUUCGUGCCAUCCCUGAGUGAUCCGGACAAUGCACCGGUGAUACUGUGGAUGCAAGGCGGACCCGGAACCACAUCGAUGCUGGGUUUCUUCGCCGAAAACGGGCCGUACGUACUGUCGGCUGACGGCAGCGAGAUCAGGUACCGCGAGAUCAACUGGGCGACGCGCUACUCGAUGCUGUACGUGGACCAGCCUGUGGGCACGGGCUUCAGCUUUACUGAGAACGAAGCCGGCUACGCGCGCAACCAGACAGACGUGGGCCGGGACAUGCUCGAGUUUUUGCAGCAGUUCUUCACGCUAUUCGGCGACCUGGCCGGGAACGAGUUGUACCUCUCGGGAGAGUCUUAUGCCGGUAAGUACGUUCCGACAGUUGGAGCCACGUUGCACCAGAAUGCCGACACGAUGCGGGUGAAGAUAAACUUCCGGGGUAUUGCCUACGGCAAUGGUAUAACGGACCCGAUCCACAUGAUGGACGUCGGCGAGGUCAUCUACGGGGUCGGCCUGAUUGAUCGAAGCUCCGCCGACUACAUGAGGAGCGUCGCCCGAGAGGCGGUCCAACAUAUCCGCGCCGGCAACACAAUCGAAGCCCUCAUGCUCAUGGACACACUGUUCUUCGGAAUCGCGACCGAGGGCAAGGGCGACACCUUCUUCAUGAACGUCACCGGAUACAGUUACUACUACAACUACCUGACCGACACCGAGCCCAAAGGCUCCAGGGCGUACAAGGUGUUCCUGCCGAAGCCUCGAGCCAGACGCGCGCUGCACGUGGGUGACCGGGAGUUCAGCACGACGCGCGAGGUCGUGGUCGGCCACUUCCUUGACGACUUCAUGCGCUCGGCCGUACCGCAGUUCACCGAGGUACUAGAGAACGGCUACAAGGUUCUCGUGUACAGCGGCCCCCUGGACUUGUGCGUGCCUACAACCAUGACCGAGAACUUCCUCGCUCACGUCGCCUGGGCGCACGUCGACCGCUGGGCCCACGCUCCCCGACACCAAUGGUGGAGUGCCGAUGGCCAGCAGCUGUACGGUUACAAGAAAACUGUCGAGAACCUCAACUUUGUGGUGGUGCGUAACGGUGGCCACGAGCUGCCUUACGACCAGCCCGAGGCCAUGAUGGAGCUUAUCACGGCCUUCGUUGACGGCACGGAGCCCUUCGCCGAUGUGUCUGCCGCCACUGUCGAAUAAAUGUCACCUUUGUGUACAACUG